AUGGCUCCUUUCAAUUUGCCCACUGGCCAGCCAGCUCCAAAUGCCUUUCAAUUUAACAACAACAUCCACGGCUUUCCACCAUCUCUUUCAAGUCUUCAAAACACCAGCCAGGAUUCUGCAAACUCAAAUGAUUCUUUCAGAACACAAGUACCACUUUCAUGGAAUCUACCAUCCGAGUAUGAGAAUAAUGGUGCAGUUGCCAUUCCAGAUCCAAGUCCCUUUGCUGAACCUCCAGUACCUUUUGCUACACCUGACUUUAAUAAUGGCCAUGAUGCUAGAGCUCAGUUUCAACCGUUUGCAAAUCAAAAUUCCAUCAUGAAUGGUGCUUCUGCUGGAGCCUUUGGUCAUGAGAAUGGAUAUCAGAUGCCAGUUCAACAGCAACAACAACGAGGAUAUCAGCAGGAUAAUUUCGGUAUGGGCAUGAGCGGUAUGAACGGCAUGAGUGGUGUCAAUGAUAUGCAUGGAUUCAAUGUAGCUAAUAAUGCAUAUCAAUCACCGCCCUACGACGGUCAGAUCGGAGUCCCCCAAAACCCUCAGGUUGGUAAUGUUCAUAUUGGAAAUCAGCAGUAUCAGCAUCAAAAUUUGCUUGGUUUCAAUGGCCACGGUACUGUAGAUCAGCGCAACUUUCAACAACAGAAUAUGGGUAUGCGACCACAAUUGCCACCAAUUGCUACUCAAUUUCCUACCAACCCAUACAGUCCACAAUACAACCAGACAUAUUCUGCUCCACCGAAUCCGCCGCAAUUUCGAAAUAACUAUUAUCGUGGUACAAAUUCUACACCAGGUUCAGCUUCAAAUAUGGCUUCAAACUUGAACUUUGGUAGCCUCAGUCUCGGCACGGGUCCAAAUAGCAUCGUUCCUAACGCCAAUCCAAUUGGUGGUUACUGCCAUAGCAAUGGCAUGAAUAACAUUGGCCAUGAUGGUCUAGAGCGAAACCACUCCAAUGGCAAUUUGCAGGCUGCUGGGAAUAAUAACAACACUGCUGCUAGUGCUCGCAACGCACAAUAUUCUUCGCUUCCAUCUGUGGGCAAUAUUUACCAUCCGCUUCCGCCAAAGCCGCAAUUUCAUGCGCAGAAACCCCAUGUAUCCAACCCCGAUCUUAGCCACCACGUUCACGCAGCUAUCAAUAGUAAUCCUCCACCAGUUGUCCAUACCCCUCGACCGCAAAAGCAAAAUUUGCAAAGUGAGCAAGGCCAGCCAAGUCAAGAAAGCAGCAACAGCAUUCAAUCACCUGUGUCAUCUAACGACCUCCCAGUCUCUGCCACUGCUUCCGAGCCAAGACCUAGUUUUACACCUCUGCUUCGGUCCAGUCGCGGCAAGUCUAUUACGGCUUCGGUAGAUCGUGCCCAGCACGUCAACGAUUGGGUCCAAAAUACACCAACUCGUGGAACUUCUUCCCACGAAAACUCUAUCACGAGUGAAGUUGUUAUUGAUAAUACUCCCAAGAUGUUGCAUUACGAUGGAGGAAAAUCUGAGCGCUCAAUCAAUGGUUCCCAUGAUGGCAUGCUCGGUGCUUCCACUUUUACUCCACGACCUCUCACCGUCAAUCCAUUUAAUCCCAUUACCGCUCUUACUCCAUUCAGCCCCAACUCCCGUUUUGGAGCUGCCGGUGAAAUCCUUGCAUUUCUAGGUCGCAACGCAAGAAUCGCGGCAGCAGAUGACCAUGAGCCUAUCCACAUCAUCAUGGAGCGUGUUACUAGCAAAACGUUAGAUGCUUACGUUGAAUUCGUCAGCUUCUCUGAGGCCGCGAACGCCGUUCAACGUUUUGAUACGAAUAGAAUCGGCGGGCGAGGUGGCCGCCUCGGUCAGCGGCAUGUAGAAGUGGAGUUGUCUUCGCAGGAGGAGUUGAUGAAGCAGCUCUUCCCCAAGGCAAAGAAUGUGGAGUGGCACGGUUGUAAGCCAAAGAUCAUUGCUCGUGAUGAGAAUGACAGGUACAACUCUGGUUUUCAGGGCUUCGUCAGUCGUGAGGAAUUGGUGAUGUUGGUCAAGCAUGUCGAGUCUCCACAGCGCUCUCCAUUUUCAAAGGAUUGUCCCCAGCGACCAUUUGAGUGCCUUGUCAGCACACUGAUCAAGUUUCCUUGGGCUAUGGUCAACUACAUUACUUGCCAAGAUCGUGUGUUGUUGUAUAAGGCUACGACUCAAUUGCUUGCAUUGCUCGUCGAGCGUGUCGAAAGUAAUGAUGAUCCACUUAACCUCAACUCCCAGUUGUUGAAGCGAGUUUGGCGGACUGCUUUAAAGUGCGAAGGUUUCAGUCCAACCAUGAAGGAUAACAUCGCGUUCCAAAUGAAGAUCGACCCCCAAAUUGCUCUUGAGCUUGGUGUCCCUCCACAAGCUGAUCUCUGGAGCUAUGUUUGGACCAUUGGACCAAGAAAGGACGUUGCGUAUGAUCUUGUUCAAUACUAUAUUAAGCUUAUCCAAGAGGCCACUGCAGAAAAGAAGCAACUUACAUUAGCUGAGAAGGCCGCAGCUAGAGCUGAAGAGACUCCCCGGACUCCCAAUCUCUUCGGCAAUCUGGACAAGCUCGUUGAUUACACUGAUGCCCUGAGUUUGACCCUUGCCGAGCUUGCUGAGAAGGAGUGGGCGGCAUUCGAGACAGCCAUUCGACGAGCACUUACUCCCGCUUUAGAGGCGGGUCCAUCCAAUUGA